ACAAUUCUGUUGUAAAUAAACGAAUGACAGAGACGCGCCUGUCGGUGAAAUUGCUACCAGAAAUAUUAUAAACACGGAAUUCAGUAACUCGACUGUGUAAUAAGGCUGGUGUGGUUUCGUUGAUGUCAUUCCUACCCGCCAGUUUGCUGCCAGCCGCUAGAGUCAGACUGUGUCCUGCCACACAGGUAGCUUGUGGCCAAUGCCACAGGCUCGACCUGCCCACAGGAGUGGACUGUCAACAUCGGAAAGAGCUACCAAGUUGGCCUCAACAGACCUCUUGUUUCCACGUGGCUGCUGGACUGAAGAGGGGGUGCCUGUGGAUCUGCCAGCACUGAAAGCAAACAUGUCAGAAUUGAAUAAAGAGGUGGUGGAUCUGGUGUGGGGGAGACCCUCUGGUGGAGGAGUGUCUGCCUCCAUCUUUCGUAGAUGGACCCAAGGAUUUGUUUUUAGCGAGAAUGAGCACACAGCACUGGAGCAGUUUGAAGGAGGGCCAUGUGCUGUAAUUGCACCUGUCCAGGCUUUUCUCUUAAAGAACAUUCUCUUUAAUAGAGAUAGUUCCAACUGGAGACAGAUGUCAGCUGAGGAGCAGAAAACAGCCCUGUGUUCAACGCUGAGUGAAAUCCUGGAGUCGGCCUGUUCCAGCCCCUCCACAGGAUUCUGCCUGGUUACCUGGGCCAAGGGACAGAGCCCACACACUAGCACACACACUAACACACAGGCACCGUCGCAAACACAGGACAUGCCAGAGCCAGAGAGCAGCCAACCACCACAGGAACAGCAACCCACUGCUUUGGCUGCUGAGGAACUUGGCUUUGAGCGAUUUCACAGCGUUCUCCACAAGCGGACAGUCGUGUCGGUGUCUGAUCUCAGAGAGGAGGUGCUGUCUCUCUACCACACCUGGAGGGGGUGCUGUGGAGUUUUGCUUUUCCUCUACUCUGUCAUCCUUACCAAGGGCAUUGAAAACAUAAGGAAUGAGAUCCAGGACACAAUGGAGCCUCUUAUAGACCCUGUGCACGGCCAUGGAAGUCAGAGCCUGGUGAACCUUCUUGUAACUGGCCAUGCUGUCUCUAAUGUCUGGGAUGGAGACAGGGAGUGCUCUGGCAUGAAACUACACGGAAUUCAUAAACAGGCAUCAGUUGGCUUCCUCACGCUUAUGGAAUCGCUGCGCUACUGCAAGGUCGGGACAUUCCUCAAAUCUCCAAAGUUCCCUAUUUGGAUACUUGGCAGUGAAACGCACCUCUCAGUAUUUUUCACCAAGGAGAUGUCACUGGUAGGUCCAGAGUCUCCAUCAGAACAGGCAAGGAGGGUCUUCCAGUCAUUUGAUCCCGAAGAUAAUGGCUUCAUACCAGAAACUCUGCUGGAGGACGUGAUGAAAGCUCUUGACCUCGUCUCAGAGCCCGAGUAUGUCAGUCUGGUCAAGAGCAAGCUGGAUCCAGAGAGCUUGGGCAUAAUUCUUCUGGGCCCGUUCCUGUUGGAGUUCUUCCCUGAUCAGCUCAGCAACUGA